CUCGCGAGCCUUACAAAGCGUCACGAGUUACAGGGAUGAUUAUGGAGAGCUGUGGUAGAAUAAUAACUCUUAACCAGCUGCCUUCCAUGAGAUAAUUCGGCGUCAGCUGGGGUGAGAACCGGCAGGAACCGGGGGCCAACAUGGCCAACAUCACCAAGAAAGUGUCGUGGUCCAGCCGACCGGACGAGUCCGGGGCAAUAGGCGAGGGGACACCGCUACUGAACGGCUCCGAGCAGCAGAGACACGGCAGACAGACGUCUGAAGGGGGCAGUUUGUUUCAGAUAGGCAGACUCAGCACGGUGGAUUUGGAGGAGGAGAUUGUGUCUGACGAGGACUCAGUCAGAGGGAGACCCAAAGAGAUUCCUCACAAUGAGAAGCUGUUGUCGCUCAAAUUUGAGAGUCUGGACUAUGAUAACAUUGAAAACCAGCUCUUUCUGGAGGAGGAGCGGAGGAUGAGUCACAUGAGUUUUCGUUGUCUGGAGAUCAGUCGUUGGGUGGUCUGCGGUCUGAUUGGCUUUCUGACCGGCCUCAUCGCCUGUUUCAUUGACAUCGUGGUGGAGCAGUUGGCCGGGAUCAAGUACCAAGUGGUCAAAGAGAAUAUAGAGAAGUUCACUGAGGUUGGCGGCCUCUCCAUCUCCCUGCUCCUUUGGGCUGCACUCAACUCUGCCAUCGUCAUGUUGGGGGCCAUUAUUGUUGCCUUUUUUGAGCCCAUAGCAGCAGGAAGUGGAAUUCCUCAGAUUAAAUGUUACUUGAAUGGUGUCAAGAUUCCCAGGGUGGUGAGACUGAAGACACUGGUGGUGAAAGUGUGUGGUGUGAUCUGCUCUGUUGUCGGGGGUCUCGCUGUUGGAAAGGAAGGGCCCAUGAUUCACUCUGGUGCAGUUGUAGCAGCAGGCGUCUCUCAGGGAAGAAGCACCUCUUUGAAAAGAGAUUUUAAGAUCUUUGAAUACUUCAGGAGAGACACAGAGAAACGGGACUUUGUUUCUGCUGGCGCUGCUGCUGGAGUUUCGGCUGCAUUCGGAGCACCAGUCGGUGGCGUUCUGUUCUCUCUGGAGGAGGGGGCAUCUUUUUGGAACCAGAUGCUGACCUGGAGGAUAUUCUUCGCCUCCAUGAUCUCCACCUUCACUCUGAACUUCUUCCUCAGUAUCUAUCACAACAACCCCGGCGACCUUUCAAACCCAGGUCUCAUCAACUUUGGCCGCUUUCAGACAGAUAGUGAGGCCUAUUACCUCUAUGAGAUCCCAUUGUUCAUUGCUAUGGGAGCUAUAGGUGGGCUGCUGGGAGCUUUGUUCAACAUCCUCAACUACUGGUUGACUAUCUUUAGGAUCAGGUACGUCCAUCGUCCUUGUUUGCAAGUGAUGGAGGCCAUGUUGGUGGCUGCCGUGACUGCCACCGUGUCAUUCACCAUGAUUUACUUCUCUAAUGACUGUCAGCCUCUGAGUCCAGACAACACUGAGGAGUACCCUCUCCAGCUGUUCUGUGCAGACGGAGAGUACAACGCCAUGGCAACGGCUUUUUUCAACACUCCUGAGAGAAGUGUCCGCAGCCUGUUCCACAACCAGCCAGGGAGCUACAAUCCUCUGACACUGGGCCUGUUCACGUUGACGUACUUCUUCCUGGCCUGUUGGACCUAUGGCCUGGCGGUGUCUGCGGGCGUUUUCAUCCCCUCCCUUCUGAUAGGAGCAGCCUGGGGGAGACUGUUUGGAAUCUUGCUGGCAGCCAUCACCACAACAGGCUCAAUUUGGGCCGUCCCUGGUAAAUAUGCACUGAUUGGAGCAGCAGCUCAGUUAGGCGGCAUCGUCAGAAUGACUCUCAGUCUGACCGUCAUCGUGGUGGAGGCGACAGGAAAUGUCACCUACGGACUUCCCAUCAUGCUGGUUCUAAUGACUGCCAAGAUAGUAGGAGACUACUUUGUAGAGGGUCUGUAUGACAUCCACAUUAAGCUGCAGAGUGUUCCUUUCCUCCACUGGGAGGCGCCUGCCACUUCCCACUGGCUGACAGCCAGAGAAGUGAUGAGUUCUCCGGUCACCUGUUUGAACCGGAUAGAGAAGGUGGGAACCAUCGUGGACACGCUGAGCAACACGUCCACCAAUCACAAUGGCUUUCCUGUGGUCGUGCAGGUCUCUGGUAUUGAUGAGCCUGCGAGGCUCUGUGGGCUCAUCCUCCGCUCUCAGCUCAUCGUUCUCCUCAAACACAAGGUCUUUGUGGAGUUGGCCAGGUCACGACUCACCCACAGGAAGCUGCAGCUGAAGGACUUCAGAGACGCCUACCCUCGCUUCCCUCCCAUCCAGAGCAUCCACGUCUCCCAGGACGAGCGCGAGUGUAUGAUGGACCUCACUGAGUUCAUGAACCCGACGCCGUACACAGUACCACAGGAAACAUCGCUGCCUCGUGUGUUCAAACUCUUCAGAGCUCUGGGACUCAGACACCUGGUGGUAGUUGAUGAUGAAAACAAUGUGAUUGGACUGGUGACCAGAAAGGACCUGGCCAGAUAUCACAUGGGCAAACACGGACUGGAAGAACUUCAGCUGGCCCAGACAUAGUAAACACACACACACACACGUUCACAUCCAUAAACUUUGACCACGUGAUGCCUGAAGCUGUUCAUCACCAGCUAUGCAGCCCAAACCACUGUGGGCAAAGAAUCUCUUCUUCUCUCUGAUGCCAUAAACAUUUAACACAAAAUGAAACAUAUUCUAAAAACUAAGAAGAAAAAAAAACUCACAUUGAAGUGUCUUAUCCACUUUUGGUAGUUCUGUUUAAAUUGUGAAAUGUUUCCAUGGACGUUAACACAUUACCUAAAACCUGAAAUGUUCUGCACAGGGUGAAAUAAAUUGGAUAAAACGAUUAAUAAAUGUGUGUAAUGCCAGGAAAGAAACGUCAGCCGUACUGUAUCUCUGA